UUUUCUGCGACGCACUUGCAACAACACUUCUAUUUAUGAAUUUGAUUUCUAAUAUUCCUUUUGUCAUGCUUUGUUGCCAGCAUGCUUCAUUGAUGGCAAGGACGUGAAAGUAGGAGAAUACCAUUUCCGUUCGUUUGAACCAGAAACAGGAGGCGUUCGUCAAAGCACUGCUGUUGAGAUUAUUUUUGCCAUUGAUGAAAGUGGUUCAAUGGUAGAUGACCAUGAGUGGUUUAACUCCGCGUUUAUCGAUGAAACCAACAGUAGGCUGAGAGAUCAUUAUCAAAUUGGAGUGUCAGGAGUAAAGAACAAGUUUGGAUUAUUAGUAUUUGCAAGCCAUGAUCGAGUACCACAUGAACAUGGUUAUUGGUUGGUACAGAGUAGUGAGGCCAUCGAGUUCGACUUCGUUGAAUUGUAUCACAAUGGAAAGGUUGAGGAUGGAUAUAUGGCAAUUCGAAUGGCAGCCGAAUAUCUAAAUAGAUCACCACAGGUGAGCGGAGUCGAAAGAAUCAUAGUUUUAGUGACUGAUGAAGACAGGGAUAAUGUGAUGAACAGAGUCAACAAAACGUCACUAUUGGCCUACCUUGGUGCAUCAUCCAUUCGACUUGAUGUAGUUGUUACUAACUCUUUUGAGUCAGACAAUGGCACAGCAGCAAUUGGUGUUGGACCUAGAAUUGCAAACUAUCCAGCAUUUAUUCUUCGUCACGGUGAUGACCCAUUACCAGUAGGUGGUAAAAGUAUAGACGAUUCUGGGCAUGGCAGCACUUUAUCCGAUUACAUCGAUUUAGCAUGGAUGCUUUGUGGAGUAGCGUGGGACAUCAACGAGGUGAAAAGGCACAGUCCAUCAGAUAAAGAUCAUUUUGGAAGAGACUUCACAAAGUACUUCAGUAAGAGAAUCCACGAUAUCCAAUGUGGUUCUCCAGAACCGGUUGUAGCCGCUGCUUGUCGUUGGUGCACAUGUCAGUCAAGUCCUCGAUUAGCAGAGUAUUGUAGUUCAACAGAUGGCAUUUCAGAUGGAGAGUGUAGAGCUGGCAGCUUUGGUUAUCGUCAAAUUGCAGGAAUAGAUGAACCACCCUCUGAAGAGGUGCUUAUACAGUUUGCCACAGCGAGUCCAACAGUACGGCAAGUGGAGGUUUCUGGUACUAGUUUUUUUUUUUUUGAUGGAGCCCCAACUGAGACCAAACAAUUGCGUGAUGAACCGGGUGUAAGAGAAGGAAAUCAUGAUGGGACCCAUGUACAUAUGAAAGAGACUGGCGACACCAUAGAGAUACAGGUAGUUGAUAAGUCAAAUGAGUCGUCAUCUGAACAUACAUCACAUGAAGAUGAUCAUAAAACGGACUGGAAUGAGGUUUGCUCAAGGGGGGCUGUUAAACUGUUCUCAUCUUCAACAUUGAACUUUGAUCAACAUUUCUUCAAGAGAUCAAAGAAGCACGUGGUGACAUUCUGCUUUAAGACCAUACUCCCCAAUGGUGUUCUGAUGUGGGUGCAACAGAGACGACCACAACAAGGCCACAUACUUAUUCAAGUGAUGAAUGGAAGGGUGCAAGCAAGGAUGGACCUGGGAUCUGGAACUAACGUUUUGAUACACAGUGUGACAGUUAGCGAUGGCAAAUGGCAUAAAGUUAUGUUCAGAAGGAAAGGUAAUGUGGCGGAACUCAAAUUAGAUGGCAACAGAAGAGUCACUAUGGUCGUGGGUGACAGUGAAGACAGAGAAGUGACAUUCAGAGCCAACAAACAGUGGUACAUUGGCAAGGCUAACUCCAAGAAUAUAUUCGGUGAUAUUGCACAACCACUGACUGGCUGUAUCAGCAGUGUAAGAGUGAACAAGAAGAAGAUCAGGCUCGAAAAGGAUGCCAUCGACAAAGUCGACGUUUUCCCCUGCUAGUCACCUCCAUGACUUUUUCUCUAAUUUUAAACGGCGUUGGAUAACUACAGUAGCUUAUGUGUGGCAAAAUAGCUUCGUACAUUUAGGUUCUGGUUGUGUUUUUGGUAAGACAGUAUUGGUAUUAGUAUUAGUUCUUAUUUCAUAGUCUUGUAAGGUCAUCUACUGACUGAGGCAUCUUGUCUCUAGGUAUAAUCUAGCAUUAUAAGUGUUGCGUUUUCUAUCC